AAAUCUUCUGGGUCGUUUAUUUAUUGACCUUCACUUGCAUGAAUGAUUUGUGUUCGUGAAUUGCAGAAACUUAGAGGCAGCAACAGGCGAUUGUGGACUUUAAGUUGGAAUCAUAAAGGAUCUGUCUUGGUUUCCGGUGGGGAAGACAGAAUAAUCAAGUCAUGGGCUAAAUGUGACGAUGAAUCAUGGAUUAACAGUUUCUCUCUCCCUGAGGCACACAAAAGAUCAAUUAGAUGCAUAACAUGGUCGCCAUGUGGUAACUACAUAGCCUCAGCGAGUUUUGAUGGAACAGUAGCCAUUUGGAAAGUUUUCAAAGAGGCUUCAGGGCACGAAAUGGAGGCGCUUGUGACAUUAGAAGGGCAUACUAGCGAAGUCAAGUGUGUUGCUUGGUGCCCAUCCGGUCAUCUGAUAGCAACUUGUGGUCGAGAUAAAAGUGUCUGGUUGUGGGAAUUUGAUGAUGAAGAGGAUGUUCAGUGUGUAAGCGUUCUGCAGCCCCAUUCACAGGAUGUGAAAUCAGUAGCCUGGCAUCCAGACGGUGAGGUUCUGGUUUCUACAAGUUAUGACAAUAAGAUAAAUGUGUAUAAAGAGGAACUUGAUGAUUGGGCUGUUUUUAUUCAGCUAACUGGACAUGACUCCACUGUGUGGAAAGCAGAGUUUUCUCCAUCUGGAGAUAUUUUGGCGAGCUGUAGUGAUGAUCGAUGUAUUAAACUUUGGGGAUGGGAAGGAGCUUGCAGUAAAUCAACUUCGUGGGUGUGUAUUGCUACAUUAACUGGUUAUCAUAUACGUACAAUUUUCGAUUUAAGCUGGUCAUCAGAUGGUCAACUCUUAGCCAGUUGUGGUUCUGAUAACAGAUUAUGCAUCUAUAAAAUGCCAUCUAGUGGUUUGAUUCAUAUUGGCGGGAAACCGUGUUUAGAAGAACCACCUGUUCUAUGGGGUUAUGUUCCGAAUGCUCAUUCAGAAGACGUAAACUGUGUACGUUGGCAACCUAGGGGUUUCAACAACAAAAGUCAUAGCGAAGAUACAUCAGACAGUCAACUAAUUUUGACAACAGCCUCUGAUGAUGGAUAUAUCAAGUUUUGGUCUAUCAAGUGUGAUGAAUAAUCCUGUUUCUUUCACGCACCAGACGAUUGUGUUUAUUUGUAAUUGUACUCUUUUAUGAACAAUUAUCUGUACAUAUAAUUUUUACUUUUAUAGUCUUUAAAAUUGAUCUUAUUUUCAUCAUAGAUUCGAUACACAUGGUGAUUUUCACUCUUUUUCUCAUAUAUAUUUUUAGUCUACGUUUUUGAUUCAGUAAAAAUUAAAUCGGAAUGAGUAAACAUUGGUUUUGCUCCGUGUCUAAUAGUAACAAUGAGUAGUCAAAAGAAAGGAGAUAAAGAUUUAAUGCUAGCGAGAUCUUAGCACUAAAAGGAUGUGAAGAAGUGACUUACACUAAGUCACGAAACGUCAGAAAAUCUAAUUUUUCUACUCUUUGGGAUAUUACAAUUAUACUAUUUAUUUAUAACAAUCUACCCAAUACUCAAUUUAUUCGAAAUUAUCAAAUCAAACCUUGGUAAUGAUACAUACUUGAUGAUCAGUUUAUAAUGAUCACAUGAAUUACUACCAAAAACUCAAGCUACAUAUUUCAUACUAAAAUAAUGAAAUGAAUAUUAUUUUAGAUCAAAAUUAUAAUGAAAUAAAUCAAUAUUAUACUGAACAAAGUAUAUAAGUGAACAAGUAUUACACUGAAUAAUCACUAUAUGGAAUUAGAAAAAAAAAUUGAAAGUCAUGUUUAACAAAAAUUGCAAUGUAUAUAAAAUGUGGUUUUAUCUUAUCUUGUUGUCAUACCAUCAACAAUAUUGAAUAACACUGAACAUUUCAUUUAUCUAUUAACUUUAUCAUAGAUGAAUUGACUGGUCAUAGUUCAUAUUCUUUUCAAUUAGUUUGCAUAGAAAUUGUACUUUGAUUUAGAUUGUGUAUGUUAUUGUUCAAGUAUUUGAUUCUUACUUUAUGAUGGGA